UUUACUUCUCUCGUAACACUCGUCUUCACCUAAAACUUGUAUUUAUCGAUCUUUCUCGCUCAUCCUUCGCCACUUCUCUUCUCCCUCUCUCUCAAAUUCUUGCAUGCAAAACAGCUCUACAAAGUGAUCAUCAUCUCAACAUCUCAACUUAAAGAGCAAUUAAAAUAAGACUCAACAAAUUCAAGAAAAGAGUGAUAUAUUUGACCUCUGUAAUAGACAGGAAUCAUGCCUCCAAGAGGUUUUGCCUUUGGCCGUACGGAGGAGUUCACACACCCAGACUCCAUGAGAGCCACCAUAGCUGAAUUUUUCUCCACCUUCAUCUUUGUCUUCGCUGGAGAAGGCUCUGUUCUUGCUCUAGGAAAGAUGUAUGGAGAUACCACCACGGAGGCCUCAGGGUUGAUAGCCGUAGCUUUGGCUCAUGGGUUGGCAUUGUUCGUGGCGGUGGCCAUUGCACUUAACGUAUCAGGCGGUCAUGUGAACCCGGCUGUUACUUUUGGUGCCCUGGUUGGUGGUAGAAUCUCUCUACUUCGUUCUAUACUGUAUUGGGUUGCUCAAAUAUUAGGUGCUAUUGUUGCAUCUCUCUUACUAAGGCUCACUACGGUUGGCAUGAGACCUGUAGGAUUUACUGUGGCAUCAGGAGUGGGAGAAUUGCAUGGAUUGCUAUUUGAGAUCAUUAUGACAUUUGGAUUGAUGUACACUGUUUACGCAACCGCAAUUGACCCAAAAAGGGGUAGCUUGGGAACAAUUGCACCAUUAGCAAUUGGGUUUAUCGUUGGUGCAAAUAUACUUGCAGGUGGACCAUUUGCUGGGGCAUCAAUGAAUCCAGCCAGGGCUUUUGGACCAGCUUUAGUUGGAUGGAGGUGGAGACACCAUUGGAUCUAUUGGCUCGGACCAUUUAUUGGUGCAGGACUUGCUGGUUUGAUCUAUGAAUAUGUAAUCAUACCUGCUGAAAUAACCCCACGCACUCAUACUCACCAACCAUUAGCACCUGAAGAUUACUAAGUUUUUCUCUUUGAUGUUGGUUCCAGAAUUAGUGUUCAGUCUUUGUUGUUCUGUGUAGGUGGUGUUUCUCUGUUUAUUGUUGUAUUAGUAUAUAGAGACAGAUACUUUGGUGUUGUAUUUUGUGUUGUCAUUUGAAGUUUAAAUAAAUGCCUGCCGACCU